CACCCAAAGGGCCGAGAUACUUCAAUUCUUAAUUAGGUCAUGCUUGUGUGAGCCAGGAAAAGGGUUGUGUUUCCAGCAAAUGGCUAUUGCUGUGGUCAAGUGAAACUUCCCUGGUGCUGUCGACAUUUUGGAGGAGCGAACAUUAUGAGGUGGAGGUGGAGCCAGAUCUCAGAAACCCUGAAAUAGUCACCAUGGGGGAGAACGAACCACCUGCAACUGAAACCCCCUUCUCCUUUCGAUCGCUGUUUGGCCUUGAUGAUUUGAAAAUAAGUCCUGUUGCUCCCGAUGCGGAUGCGGAUGCGGUUGCUGCUCAGAUCCUGUCUCUGUUGCCAUUGAAGUUCUUCCCAAUCAUUGUUAUUGGGAUAAUUGCACUGAUCUUAGCACUGGCCAUUGGUCUGGGCAUCCACUUCGACUGCUCUGGGAAGUAUAGAUGCCGGUCAUCUUUUAAGUGUAUUGAACUCUCAGCUCGUUGCAACGGGGUCUCCAACUGUAAAGAUGGAGAGGAUGAAUACCGAUGUGUGCGGGUGAGUGGCCAGAAUGCUGUGCUCCAGGUAUUUACAGCUGCCUCCUGGAAGACCAUGUGCUCCGAUGACUGGAAAGGUGUCUAUGCAAAUGUCGCCUGUGCCCAGCUAGGGUUUUCAAGCUAUGUAAGCUCAGACCACCUCCGAAUGGACUUGCUGGAGGAGAAGUUCCAGGAGGACUUUGCAGCCAUCAAUCAUCUCUUAUCUGAUGACAAGGUGACAGCUCUGCAUCACUCUGUCUACGUGAGGGAGGACUGUGCUUCAGGCCAUGUGGUAACCUUAAAGUGCACAGCCUGUGGUCUGAGGUCAGGCUACGCCUCACGCAUCGUUGGCGGGAAUAUAUCUUCGCUCUCACAGUGGCCCUGGCAGGUCAGCCUUCAGUUCCAGGGGUACCACCUAUGCGGGGGCUCUGUCAUCACCCCCAUGUGGAUUGUCACUGCUGCCCACUGUGUUUACGACCUAUACCUGCCCAAGUCAUGGACCAUCCAAGUGGGUCUAGUGUCCCUGCUGGACAGUCCAGCCCCAUCCCAUUUGGUAGAGAAAAUCAUCUACCACAGCAAGUACAAGCCCAAGAGGUUAGGCAACGACAUCGCUCUCAUGAAGCUGGCUGGGCCACUCACAUUCAAUGAGAUGGUCCAACCAGUUUGUCUGCCCAACUCGGAGGAGAAUUUUCCUGAUGGGAAAAUGUGCUGGACGUCAGGAUGGGGGGCCACAGAGGAUGGAGCUGGUGACGCCUCUCCUCUGCUGAAGCACGCACCUGUCCCGCUGAUUUCCAACAAGGUCUGCAACCACAGAGAGGUGUAUGGUGGCAUCAUCUCACCUACCAUGCUCUGCGCGGGCUACCUGAGGGGCGGCAUAGACAGCUGCCAGGGAGACAGCGGGGGACCCCUGGUGUGUCAAGACAGGAGGGUGUGGAAGCUGGUGGGGGCAACUAGCUUUGGUAUUGGCUGUGCUGAGGUGAACAAACCUGGGGUCUAUACCCGCAUCACUGCCUUCCUGGACUGGAUCCAUGAACAGCUGGAGAGGGACCUGAAAACUUGA